GUUACAUUAAAUAUAGUAAAAAGACAAAUGAAGCAAAUAGUAGAGAGAUAAUACAAAAAAAAUGGCAGUAGCUAGUGUCAAUUGACUCCACUCCUCCCUUAUUGGGUCUGCCCAUUAUUGAUUGAUGCAUGGAAGUAAGAGUGUAAGACACCUAUAAAUUUCACAACAUAUUUUACUUCAAUUGGUGAGAUUAGAUCAGAGAAAUGGAUUCAAUGAGCUCAUCAUGUGGAGUGCUCUUCCUCUUCUUGGCACUAUACACUCUCCACUCACUCCUAAGAACCACCACAAAAACCAAGCACAAAAAGAAGCUCCCACCCGGGCCUUCCAUUUUUACCCUCAUCUCCAACCUCUCGGACCUGUUCCACAAGCCGCAACAGACACUGGCGAGGCUCGCGGAGGCGUACGGCCCCGUAAUGCGGGUGCAAAUUGCGGGCCGGGAGACGACCGUAAUCGUCUCCUCGCCCGACAUGGCGAGGGAGAUUCUCCACACCCACGACGCCCUGUUCUCCGACCGAUCCGUGCCCGACGUCACGACCGCGCACGACCACAACUUGUCCAGCCUGGUUUUCCUCCCGGUCUCGCCGCUCUGGCAAGACCUGAGGAAAAUCUGUCAUCAGAGGUUGUUCUCCAACAACACUCUUGACGGCAGCGAAAACCUCCGGCGCAAGAAGUUGCAAGACCUUCUCGGCGACAUGCACCAGAGCAGCCUCAAAGGUGAGGUGGUGGAUGUGGGAAGGGCGGCAUUCAAGGCCUGCAUCAACUUCCUGUCCUACACAUUCGUCUCCCAAGACUUCAUCGUCAGGUCGGCGGUGGAAGACGACGGCGAGUUCAAAGAUUUGGUGUCCACUCUCCUGAAAGCCACCGGAACGCCGAACGUGGUCGACUUUCUCCCGGUGCUGAAGAUUUUCGACCCGCAGGGCGUCCGGAGGCACACCGCCUCCUACCUCACCCGGUUCUUUCGGGUGCUGGACCGCCUCAUCGACGACCGGGUGAGGGAAAGACAAGGGGAAAGUUACUUGAGUAACAAUGAUAUGUUGGACACUUUGUUGGACAUUUCUCAAGAGGAUAUCAAGAGGAUGGAUAGGAAGAAGAUAAGACACUUGUUGCUGGAUCUACUGGUGGCGGGAACAGAUACAACAGCUUAUGGACUGGAAAAGGCACUGAGCGAGCUAGUCCACAACCCAGAGGUAAUGUCAAAAGCCAAGAGGGAAUUGGAGCGAACCAUCGGGUUGGGGAAGGCAAUGGAGGAAUCGGACAUCGGGCGCCUUCCGUACUUGGAAGCCGUUGUCAAGGAGAGCCUGCGGCUACACCCGCCCGCCCCACUCUUGCUCCCGCGGAGGGCCAAAACGGAUGUCCUAAUCUCUGGAGGGUACACUAUCCCUAAAGGCGCCCAAGUCCUCAUCAACGAGUGGGCCAUCGGGAGGAGCGGGACCACAUGGGAGGACGCGGGCUCGUUCCUGCCCGAGCGGUUUUUGGGGUCGGAGAUCGAUGUCAAGGGCAGGCAUUUCAAGCUGACCCCGUUCGGGAGCGGGCGGCGCAUCUGCCCGGGAUCCCCGCUCGCCGUCAGGAUGAUGCAUGUGAUGCUGGGGUCGUUGAUCAACUCUUUUGACUGGAGGCUUGAGGGCAAUAUGGACCCUAAGGACAUGGACUUUGACAAGCCCCUCAGAGCCAUUCCCAUUGCAGUGAAGUGCUAGUUACUUAACUACUGCAUGCAUGUUGUGUUAUUGUUCCUCAGGGGGGAUUGAAUUUGGUGCACUCAUUCUUAUGGCCGGAGAAUAAAUUAAUUAGUGUACUCUAUUAAUGGCUUUCAAUAGUAUUAGGAAAGCAAGUGUGUUUGUAUUAUUGCCUAUGUUUUUUAGUUGGUGUGAAUAUGGCCUAUUCAGUGAGGACCUAUCAAGUUAUUACGAAUGGAACUGAAGCUUGUUGUAAUAAAGAUUAGCCUUUUGUUAUUAGGGACCGACCAGCAGUUUCAUUGACAUGCGAUUCUUAUAAAAUUUAUAAUAAUUGGUCUCUAUAUAG